AUGAGCACAAAUAGCACCCACCUCCACCCCGAGUCCGCCGCCAUCGGCGGCGCCACAGACUCAAAACAUGGACAACAACAACAACAACAUCACCAAUUCGGCCACCACACCUCCGCCUCCUCAGAAGACGUCCAGCACAUCAUCGCCGAUGCCCGUGCGCGGGGCGAAGCGCGCGCAGCCGCAAAAUACCCUUCCGCCUCCAGCAAGCGCGCCUCCUCGCCGUGCCCGUCGACGACUUCACACCGCUCGACCGACAGCGCGCGGCGACGGCGAGAGGCGGAAGACGGGUACAACCCGAUCCAGUACGAGUACGAGAAGAAGGGCGGGUUCAGGGACUGGUGGCGGAGGCAGAUGCUCGACAUGAGCCCGCACGGCGCCGCAGCGCUGGUCGAGGCUGUCGGCCAGGGCUUUGUAUCCGCGUUUGGACGUCUCCAGCGAGCGGGCUAUUGA